AUGAAUACACCAAGUAAGACCCGUUUACUUACUGCAGAUGCGUCUGAGGUCAUAACGCCGUUCAAAGAACGCGCCCUGGAGGAACAGCGGCUCAGAGAAACACUUUUGCUCAGUCUCACUCCAGGGUUGCAGAGAAGGGUAGGGUAUCAGGAUAGUCUACGGCCGUUACAGGAGAACCCUCGAGACACGAGAUUGUUUCUCAGGGAUCUCAGUUUGGCUUUGGAGGCGAGGGAUCGCCGGCAAAAUCUUGCGUCAAAGUUGGGGGAUGCCCUGAAGGACACCGAUGACGAAGAUGACCAGGAACAGGACCAAUUACGAGAGAUAGUGCAGUUUUCACCCCCUGGUUCACCUCGGACUAGCGCACGCUCUGAUCAACAGACGGAGGAGGGGGAUGUGGAGUCCCGAAUGGAUGAAGCGGUUGAACCCGAGGUUAGAACUACAGAGUCGCCAAAGAGGCUCUCACAGCUGAUAUUUUCUCAGCUGAAGGGCCUGGAGAGAGCGACCAAAGUCCGUAAAAUAGAACCCAUCAAUAUUGCAGAUGUAGAUCCAGGCAGCCGUAACACACAGACGAAUUUUGGACCGCAAACACCGCUUCAUUACUCGUCACAAAUAGGGCACGACCCAGUUACAGACGAUAAUCCUGCAUCUGUAGGUCCAAACGCGACAACACCAUCACCAGAGACACAGAUACGACACGACGACGCUUCCCUCCACUAUGAUGAUGCUGCUUACGAAAUACCGGAGUCGGUGACCCCCGCUUUCAAACAUUCUCCUGCUUGGAAUGGACGCGUGAGCGUUACACCGGACUCGAGGAAACCAAUGCGGGGUUCACACGAUGUUCCCAAUUGGGAUGGUGUAAUCGCGUACCUGUCCCGGUAUACGACAGUACCGAGAGAUGUUAGCAUAAGGGACGUGUACGAGUUAUGUUGCCAAUACAUGACGCUGGAACAGAUGAAUAAGCUGGACCGGGAAUGGUUCCCCAUGAAGUGA